CGUAAACUUAGCUGCUUGGCUAACGUCUAAAAUAUAGCACACAGGAUUAAGACUGUGAUGAUGUCCUUUUUUGUGAUAUAACUAAUUUUAUUGUCGAAUUCAGUUUGUAAUAAUAAACUAGCUUGGGUCAGAAUUAACUAGUCUUAAUUCUGUUUGGAGUAAAACAUGUCGGUUAGCCCGAGCGCGCUUGCCCGAGGCCGUGUCUCAUUCGGCUUACACUGGGGUCUGAAGUGCACUAUGUAGGGCGCAGAGUUCAGUUAUUUCAGAGCUGCUGUAGUGCACUUAAAAAGGGAUCAGGGCGCUAGAUAUGACUCAGCCCGAGAGCUAAUAGAUGUAACGCUGAUGAUUCUGCAUUAAAUUAGCUGUAAAGAUAUUACUGAGAUAUUAAAGAGCACCAUGGAGGGCUCCAAGUCGUCCAGCACCACCAUGCAGGUGAGCUUCGUGUGUCAGCGCUGCAACCAGCCGCUCAAACUCGACACCAGCUUCAACGUCCUGGACCGUCUCACCAUCCAGGAGCUCAUCGCUCCGCUGGUCACCGUGACGCCGAGCAAGCAAGCAGAAAGCGGUGACGCUGACGGUCCGCCUGAGGAGACGUUUGUGGAGAGUAAGCAGGACGGCGUCUCGCGCAAGUACAUCCCUCCUGCCAGGAUGAUGUCCACAGAAAGCGCUAACAGCUUCACGCUAAUCGGCGAGGCCUCGGACGGAGGAACCAUGGAGAACCUGAGCCGCAGGUUAAAGGUGACGAGCGAUCUGUUCGACAUCAUGUCGGGUCAGAGCGACGUCGAUCACCCGCUGUGUGAGGAGUGUACUGACACGCUGCUCGAUCACCUGGACACGCAGCUCAACAUCACCGAGAACGAGUGUCAGAACUACAAGAAGUGUCUGGAGCUGCUGUCGCAGCUGCCGGAGGAAGACGAGGACACGUUGCUGAAGGAGCUGCAGCAGCUCAGGCAGGAGGAGGAGACGCUCAUCCAGGAGCUGGAGGCCAUCGAGCAGCAGCGGGAAUCCGUCGCCAUGGAGAUCACAGAGGCACGACGCCACGCCCAGCAGCUGGACACAGAGGAGCUGCAGUAUCAGAAGGAGUACUGUGAGUUUAAACGGCAGCAGCUGGAGCUGGACGAUGAACUGAAGAGCGUCGAUAAUCAGAUGCGCUACUGCCAGGCUCAGCUCGACCGCCUGAAGAAAACCAACGUCUUUAACGCCACCUUUCACAUCUGGCACAGUGGGCAGUUUGGGACGAUAAAUAAUUUCCGUCUGGGGCGAUUACCCAGCGUUCCUGUGGAGUGGAACGAGAUUAACGCUGCCUGGGGUCAGACUGUGCUGCUGCUGCACGCUCUCGCGAACAAGAUGGGCCUGCGCUUCCAGAGAUAUCGACUUGUUCCUUACGGAAACCACUCGUACCUGGAGUCCCUUACAGACAAGUCCAAGGAGCUGCCGCUGUACUGCUCGGGAGGACUGCGCUUCUUCUGGGACAACAAGUUUGAUCAUGCGAUGGUGGCGUUCUUAGACUGUGUGCAGCAGUUUAAGGAGGAAGUGGAGAAAGGAGACACGGGAUUCUGCCUCCCGUACAGAAUGGACGUGGACAAGGGGAAGAUCGAGGACACGGGCGGAAGCGGAGGAUCCUACUCCAUUAAAACACAGUUUAACUCCGAGGAGCAGUGGACCAAAGCGCUCAAGUUUAUGCUCACCAACCUGAAAUGGGGCCUGGCCUGGGUUUCGUCCCAAUUCUACAACCGUUAAAAGAGAGAGAGAGAGAGAGAGAGAGAAAACCAGGCUCGCUAGAUCUCUCUGAACGCUGCUGUGGUGAACGUUUCGGUGACAUGACGAGAGGUAGCUUAACGAGGACUCUCUCUAUCCAAGCUGGCUUUUACUAUUUGUUUACUAAACUUGCUUAAAUUGUGACACCGUUUUAUGGAAACACUUCCUCAAAUAAAACUAAAGCACACCAGGGUUCUGCAUUCUUCUACGAAUGGGUCGUGUCCCGAUUCUACGUCUGCUGAUCUUGCCUUAUAGACCCCUCUGAGAUCUGUUCAGUCAGAGUUGAAGUAGCUUCGAGCGCUCCAAGUGCGUCAGAAAUGUGAAGAAAUGGAAGAAAACUUGGUGUUUCGUCAUUGCGAACUUUCACACGGGUCUCGUCCCGAUUCUACGGCGUCUCACACACACGCACGCUCAGACCUGCGUCAUACUUACAAUCCGCUUCGUAAUCUAAAAUCGUAACCUUGCACAUUCAAAUAAAAUAAACACAGUAUGUUACACACGUUAGCUAGCACUCAUGUACGUACCAAUGUGAUGUGUUAUUUACUAACCUCAUGUAAAUGUUAUCUUCUCCGUGUUGGACUUGAUGAUCUGUCCGUUGAUGAUCUUUAUGCUCAUACGAUUACAGUGAUUUCACGGUUAUAAUUAAUGCUUCGCUCACAGCUAGCCUCGUUUAUCGAUCUUUCGAUAAAAAGUUGUGUGUCAAUGUUUUUGUGGCCAAUCCGAAUUAAAAUUUCCUACCGGGUUUACAAAAGUUAAUUCUAAUUCUCUAAUAACGUCCGUAUGUUGAUAAGUGCUGAUCAUGUUACGUUUACGUUUAACCACGCCCACAAAACUCCAUAAAAGGCAAAGAGAGCUGAAAAGGACAAAAUGGCGACUAAAGGGUGAAAGAGCGCCUCCUAAUCGCGGCGUGCGAUUUUAUUUAAAACCUUCCAGCUAUGCAGCUCAGCCAGUUUUACUCAACCUCGUAGGGACACGGACAUUUUCAUCAGCACCACAUUUCUUGUGCAAAAGCUCCUGCGAACGAUUUACGAAUAAAUUCAUUUGUGUCCGGUUUGAUAAAUGAGGCCAACUGACUCCGUAUUAUGUUUAAGUAAAGGUGAAGCACAAACCGUAAUGAUUUCUCUUAUUAGUUUGAUGAAUGAAAUCAAGCAGUCAUGUUCCAAAUAUAAUGACAGCUACAGCUGCAACAUCCCUGAAUACGUAUUAAAUCUGAAUGUUGUGUUGUCGUGAAGACACGGCUGUUUGUUGUGUAGCGUUGACAAAAAAAAAAAAAAAGAAAAGUGAAAUAAAAUAAGAAGUGUACACCAAAGUGCUUCUGGUUUGUUACUGGACAGAGUUUCAGCGAUAUUUACUUCUCAGUAAGAAGAUCUAUCACAGUAUGUGAGGUGGUGAAAUAACUGUCUCGUUUUUAUCACUGAUUAUUUUUCUACAACAGCAUGACCCCAAGUGUUCUAUACCUUACAUAAAGAUGUUUGUUGGUCACCCUUAUCAUUGAAAUGUGUAAUUUACCCUGUCAGGACGCUGAACGUGCAGCUUUGGCGUCUCUAAAAACACUGUCCUGAGCACGCCUCAUCAACCUCACACCAAACAAAUCAUGUCAAAUAUUGUAGUUGGUAAACGUUUAAAGAGCUAUCAUACUCAGAGUGUUUUCUGAUCAGUUUCAACUGAUGGCCCAGUUUAGCUAAAUUCAUCCCACUGCAUGUAAUAAAGAAGAAUUUUCCUGGUUGUACUUGAGGAUAAUUUCAUGGCAAUAUUACUCUCAAAAUGGCUUCCCUUUUCCUCGUACACCUCCACAUCUUCACCCAAGGUUUUCCUUAUUGUCGUCUUCUUUGUCACGUCUCUGCACCAAACCCUCUUCAGGACCAUCAGGCAAAACCAGAAUUCACAGAGCAGCACGACAGAAAUCCAGAAGAACAUUUGGAUCGCGGUGAACGGGUCCGAGACGACAGCAUGAGGAAGAUCCCUUGACUCAGAAGGAAUCCGUCGUCUUUCAGGUGACGCCGGAUUAAACAACAUGACAGUAUACAGGUGUAGAAGAGUAAAGACAGGCAGUACGUAUCCUACAGUGGAUUAAACCGGUGUAUUCUGUGGUCGGAGCGUAAGCAGGAACUUCUAUACGGGAGAGCCAGAAGCUAACACGGACACCUUCCUCAGCUGGUGUCUGUCAUCUGGCUUUAAUGAAACAUACAGCUGUGUGUCAUCAGCAUAGCAGCAGAAGCUAAUACCAUGUUUUCGAAUAAUUGUACCAAUUAUACCAAGAAGUAGCAUUAUACAGUUCUGUGCAAAAGUCUGUUUGUUACAGAUGUUUAUUUUCUGACUUCUACAUUAUUGAUUCAGUACAAAACCAUUUUAGAUUCCAAACAUUAGUUUUCCAGCACAAAGUGAAACGUUACAGAAAAAUGUUUGUAUGUCAGUAAAGAAAGCAGCAGAUUCCAUAAGAGACACUUUUCAGAUAAAAACAUAAUGAAGGCUGCUGGGUUUCGCUGCAGAAAUAAGAAGCGAGUCGACAGUCAAAGUCUCCAGAAGAACUGUGGCUGCUUCUGCAAGAUGCUCAGUAACACUUCCAGCUCAUUUCCUUAUAAAACUGCACACACUGCACCUCAGAUACUGCUUUAUUUAUUUAAAGUGAAGGAUCGUCACAUUAAUUACUGACUUUGUUUCAUUUAUUACUGUUUACUGCUCUUUAUAGGAUUUUUUAAUGCAGAAACAUUUAAUUUCAUUAUUUCUGAAAGCAUUUCUUUGCAUGUGCCUAAGACUUUUGCACAGAACUGUAUUUAUCGAGAAAAGAGCAUUGGGCCUAAAACAGAACCGUGAGCAACACCAAACAUUAGUAUGUACAGAAGGAAACAUUUACAUCUACAAGAACGUUAUGAUCUUUGGUGUCAAAAGCUGCACGGAGAUCGAGCAACACAAGGAGAGACAGUACUCUGAUCAGAGGCGAGAAUUCGGUCAUUUACCACUUUAACCAGCGCUGUCUCUGUGCUGUGAUGAGGCCUAAACCCUGACUGACAGAUCUAACAUGUUUAGUUUUUAGUUUUUAGCUACCACUUGUAGAUUAUUUUACUAAUCAAGAGCUGUAUUAUUAAUGUUAUUAUUUAUUACCCCGUGUACUAACACUAACUUUUGUUGUUUAUCUUCAAUGUGAUUUCUUGUUUUGCAUUUACAGUUUGUAAAUGUUCAAUUUUUAAUAUAUUUAUUUUUCAAUUUGUUUAUCCUUAUACAUAUUGUUCAUUGUUUUAUCUAUUUUUUUUUAUAUUUUGAAUAAAGUACUAUGUGAUUUCUGA